CACUAGACAUAUAUUUAAGGCUUUAAGCAAUCUUAUCGUAUAAAGCUAAUUGCGAACAGUACACUUCAGAAAAGGCCUCGUACGUAAGACAUGACGUAUGAAGAGGUUGCCAAAGCCACACACUUCAUGAAGACCUUGUUCGUAAAUCUAAUAAAUUGGGUCCUAAUUCGCAGGCACACCAGUCUAAACUAUUGUCGGGUUCUCUUCUCCAAACCAAAGUCUAAGAGUGAAGUCAUGUCGAACACCGGUGCACAAAUCCUGGUCUACCCGUUUCCAACCGCAGGCCACAUCAUCCCUUUCCUUGACCUUACUCACCAAUUACUCACCCGUGGCCUAAAAGUCACCGUAUUGGUCACCACCAACAACCUCCAUCUCCUCGACCCGCUGCUGUCCCGCCAUGUCUACUCUCUUCUCCAGCCCCUGGUUCUCCCCGACCCCGUCCCUUCAACAACACCCGGCCUCGUCUCUAGAAUACGCCACUUGCGUGAGCUUCACUAUCCUGCGCUGCUCCAGUGGUUUCAGUCCCAAGCUUCGCCCCCUGUCGCUAUUUUCUCCGAUUUCUUCCUUGGUUGGACUCAGGGUCUCGCUUCCAAGUUAAACGUGCGACGUGUCGUCUUCUCGCCCUCCGGUUCUUUCAGCUACUGCAUGAACAUUUCAAUGUGCCGCGAACCACCAAGGAUAGGUGAUCCCAAUGACGUAAAUCACUCGUUGUCGUUCGCAAGAAUCCCUAAUUCUCCACAAUACCACUGUUAUCAAAUCACCCCUAUUUACAGAUUCUACAAAGAUGGAGACCCAGACAAGGAAUUCUAUAUAAACAACUGGAUUGAGAAUCAUGAGAGUUGGGGAGUCGUCUUCAACACCUUCGCUGACUUAGAAAGCAUUUACAUUGAGCACAUGAAGAAAGAAAUGGGUCAUGAUCGGGUUUGGGCUGUUGGGCCCGUAAUGAUGCCAGUCGAAGAUGAUGCAUUGGACCCAACGAAUCGCGGUGGGUCCAGCUCGGUGCCAUUUCAUGAGUUGAUGGCGUGGCUGGAUGCACGCGGAGACCAUUCGGUGGUCUACGUGUGCUUUGGGAGUCGCCAGGUACUGACACGGAAGCAACUGAAUGAGCUGGCGGCGGGGCUCGAGGAAAGCGGGGUUAACUUCGUUUGGUGCGUGAGGGAACCCAAGGACUGGCAGGUGUCGGGCGACCACGGCGUGAUUCCGGAGGGAUUUGAGGAUCGCGUAGCGGGCAAGGGUUUUAUAAUCAAAGGGUGGGCGCCGCAAGUUGCGAUUCUUAGGCAUCCAGCCGUGGGCGCGUUUUUGACUCACUGUGGUUGGAAUUCCACACUGGAAGGGAUCGCUGCGGGGGUGGUCAUGCUGACAUGGCCAAUGGGUGCAGACCAAUUUGCCAAUACCAAGUUAUUGGUCGAUGAAUGUGGAGUUGGAAUCCGAGUGGGUGAGUCGACUGUGAAUAUUCCGGAGUCGAGCAAGUUGGCUCGAGUGUUGGUUGAGUCACUGGAUGGGAGCAGAGCGGAGAGAGUUGGAGCCAAGAGGCUGAGUGAAGCAGCCUUGAGUGCUGUUAAAGGAGGAAGCUCGGACAAAGACUUGGAUUCGUUGGUCAAAGCGUUUAACGAACUAAAACCGAAAAAGGGCGGCAGUGUCAUGCAAGUGUAAAGACUAGCAACCAUUACUAGUAGCAAUGAAUAUCCUUCGUAAUAUAAUCAUCAAGGUUGCAAAUUUAUGUGUAAUUUAAUUGUAAAAAGCAGGAAAACCACUUACUAUCUUAACACCUAUAAUGACAAAUCAUGACUCAUUCUGGUUUUCUACACACUGGCGAACAAUGACACAUUUCUUAGUAAUCUCAUGGCUCAAAAUCUUUGGAUGAGGCAGAGGCAGCUGGAGCAGCAUAGUUAGAGGCCUUCUUGCAAAAACAGAUGCAUCAAACCUCGCCCAUGGAAAUUGGAAACGUGUCCAAUGCAAUGAUGAUCAAUUAAUCUACAGAAUAGACUUGGUUCAAAUGAGGAAGGGAUCAUGCGCUGUCUUCAAUUUAACAGCUGUUCUUUUACUCAAUGUUACAGAAGAACAAUAUAUUCCCAGAUUAAAAAAAAAAAAACCUAAAGUAAAUUUGAAAAACCCAUGAAAGUUGCAACUCAUUUUAUUAUCAUCAACCCUUUUGGAAUAGAAGAACGAAGUUGAAAAAGAAAUACACGAGGGAAGUUAUCAUUUUGAGCAGAAACAAACACCAUUUGUCACAAUCUUGAAUUUACCCAUAUGAUUUUGGCUGGAAGGCAUUUGUGUUGUUUUUUUUGCUGUCCACGGUUUUAGAACAGCAGCCAAGUGUGAACUGACAAUCACUAAACAAUAUUUGAUUGUGGUGAACAGAAAACAGAGUCUAAACAGCAAGACACAAGUCUCGUUGACAUUACAUGACUUUUCUUUUCAUGUCACGUAAUCCUAAUCCUAAUAUAUUUCAAUGUUGGG